AUGACAGUUUCUAUUUCUACUGGUUUGUCUAUUCUUAAAAAAGGUGAUUAUUCAAAUAAAUGUCCAUUGAGAGUUUCAGUAGUAGGGGUUCCUCAAGAAUCUCCGCAAGUUAUUGGAAAUAAUGAGAAUGCUAUUUUUGGUGUUUUAAUAAGUGAUUAUGUUAGUCAGGAAUUUAACUUUGCUGUUAAAGAAUCAUUAAUUUUUGUUGUAGGACAGUUGGAGGUUAUUGAAAAUGAUUUUUAUAUAUAUGCUAAGAAUAUUAAUUUUAUCAAUAUUCAGCAUUUAUUUAAGCAAAAAGGUGCUAAUCGUAGUGGUUUUUGUGAUUCAUUAGAUUCUGGUAAUAUAACUCAAUUCAAACUUAUUGCUACUCAUCAUAAUAUUAUUGAAAACUUGAAAGAAGUUUCCGAUAUUAAGAAAUUUGUAGUUUUGAAUAAUUUUGUUAAUAAUAAUGAAUCUGGUUCAUCUUUAGAUAGUUCUUCAAAACGUGUAAGGAUUGAGUUAUUAGAAGAAUCAACGAAAAAUUUUGUUGAUGUUGAGAAAGAUAAUUUGCAAAUUGAGAAUGUUGAUGAGAAAUAUCAUAAAAGUAAUCAUGGUAAUAAGGGAGGUAAAAAUUAUAUGGGUCAGUCUUUGUGUAGUACUUCACAAUUAUCUGAACAUAGUAUUGAAGCUACUAAUAAUGAAAAAGAAUAA